UUUUCUUUCUUCUUUUCUUCUUCUUGACAAGGAAACAGCGUAAAGCCUUCACAUCACUACCUUAAUUUUCUGUGUGGUUGCAUCGUUGUAUAUUCUCUUAUCACUCGUCAUAAUAUAAAAAAACCCAAAUCUUUCUCUCAUUCGCCAACUAACCAAAGACAGAGAGAGAGAUAAAGAAAGAGAUCGAUUUACACAUACGCACGCACGACCAGAGGUAUGGUGAAGGAGAAUGAGUAUUAUGACAUCUUAGCCGUCAAAACUGAUGCUUCCGAAGCUGAUAUUAAAAAGGCUUACUACUUAAAAGCAAGGAAAGUUCAUCCAGACAAGAACCCUGGAGAUCCUCAAGCUGCUAAAAACUUUCAGGUACUAGGCGAGGCGUAUCAGGUUUUGAGCAAUCCUGAAAAGAGAGCAGCUUAUGACAAAUACGGCAAAGAAGGUGUUCAACAGGAUGCAAUGGUUGAUCCUGCAUCUGUGUUUGGUAUGCUUUUCGGAAGCGAAGUCUUUGAAGAAUACGUUGGGCAGCUUGCACUUGCUUACUUAGCAUCCAUCGAAGCUGACUUAGAAUCAUACGAGCCUGAGAUCAGAAAGCAAAUGCUUCAAGACAAAAUCAAAGCUCUUCAGAAGGAGAGGGAAGACAAGCUAGCUGCUACGUUGAAAAACAAACUCGAACCAUUUGUGGAAGGACGUACCGACGAGUUUACCGAAUGGGCAAACCAAGAAGCAAAGAGCCUUUCUUCUGCCGGUUUUGGGGAGGCGAUGAUGCAUACAAUUGGUUACAUAUACACAAGAAAAGCGGCUAAAGAGAUAGGGAAAGGCAAACGGUUUUUGAAAGUGCCCUUCUUAGCUGAAUGGGUGCGUGACAAAGGCCACCACAUGAAAUCUCAAGUGAUGGCUGCUUCCGGUGCGGUUUCGUUGCUUCAGCUGCAGGAUGAGGUGAACAGGCUGCAUGAGCACCAAGGAGAUAACAAAGAGGAGCAUAUUCAGAAAGCCAUUGAAGCUAAAAUGGAUGCUUUGCUUCAGUCUCUCUGGCAAAUCAAUGUUCUAGACAUCGAAUCCACUCUCUCUCAUGUCUGCCAAUCUGUGCUUAGAGAUCCAAGUGUUUCCAAAGAUGUACUUCGAGCACGAGCCGUGGGGCUAAGGAAACUUGGAACGAUCCUCCAGAAACCAAUGUAUAAACUUAGACCGUGCAUGCAUCUCUGUGUUACUGUUAGGGUGCUAAGAAGCCAUACACCAGAGGAAGCAGCUUACGUCACGAAGCCGUGAAACUGGACACCGGAGGUUCUUCAACGGCGACGUCCUGAAACUUCCAUCAUCUUUCUUUUAAAACAGAGGGAAACCGGAAUUUAAAAUGCUGUUUUUUUUUUUACUUUUUCUUUUUUGCUAUUGGCUCAAGUUUGGAUUUGUCUUUUAUUCUGAGGUUGUGUUUCUGAGAAAAUGAUUCAUCAAUAGAUCAAACCUAACCUAUUAAGGCCACUGCUUAGUAUU